AUGCUGGACUCUAUCACCUGUUCGGGAUUCACCUACCACUCCUAUCAAGUGCAUGCCAUGGUCGAGCGCAGGUUGAAUAGAAAUAUCAUUGUCUCACAGCCUAUCCGGAUUUAUAAACAUGUUUCCAUCGAGGAGAGUCUCAACUGGAUGUCAGCCUUGAAUUCAAUCGAUAGACAGUGGGAUAACGUCGCGCAAUAUAGCGUUUCCAUCCCAGAUGUCAACAUCCCGUUUGGCGCAACAUUCCCCGUCAAGCUCCAGGUCGCGCCAUUAUCAAAGGGCAUAAAGCUCCAAGCGUUAACCAUCGACGUCGUUGAGCAACACGAGCUCAAAAUCAGCGCACCAGCGGGAUAUUCCGCACAGUAUAAUGUCCACUUUCUAUCAUCUAAACAGAAGCACGUCAUUUUCAGCGAGCGGUACAACUUAGACGAUUGUAUGGCCUCAGAGUCAGAAGGAUCUGAUCUGGAGUGGUGUACAACAAAAACCAUAUCUUUGCCACAGCAUCUUGAAGCUUGCACCCAGGACGUGUGUCUUAAUACGAUAAGCAUCAAGCAUCAAGUAGCAUUCACCAUCGAGUUACUCGGUGUUGGCGAGGGGCUAUCAAUGAUAAAAGGAACAAUUCCAUUUAAUAUCUACAUGUCACCACAUAUCAUCAAUGAACAUGGUACUGUCCGUUGUGUUCAUAUUGAUAGGUUCCAUGAUGAUUAUGUGCCGCCUCCUCCUUUGUAUAGCAAACAUCAAAAUGAUCUGUUGCUACCUGUGGCAGAAGGGUCACUGAACACCGGUACCCUUCAAAUAAACUGCCAGCAACACUUGAAUAAUGCUUUCGUCAAUCCUAUACAGCUUGACUGUGCACCCAGUUAUGAAUCUGUGAUACGAAUCUAA